GAGAAAGUGGUAGAGAGAGGAGGGGGGUACAGAGAGAGGUCAAAUCGAGUGGCGAAAGUUGGGUGUCUUGUUUAGUAUUUUUGUGGUGGUGGUGCUGGUAUUAGCUAAGAAGGUUUCCACCAAAAACCAAAGAGAAAGAGAAAAAGAAAGAGGGGGCGGGAGGAAAGAGAAACAGAUAGAAGAACUUGCAGGCCCUGAUAACUGAGAUAAUUAUACUGGAGAGAGAGUUCGUAGCUCGAUUUCCACGGGGAAAAAAAAGUAAACCAGCUUCACUUUAGCUCAUCUUCUCUCCCUCUCGCGCCUUCUGAUAUCAAGCAAUCUUGCAGAUGGAUCCCUUCGAUUUGAUUCGGAAAGGGUUUGGCUGAAGCUGACUGGACUGGUGGUGUUACUAUUUAGGUUCUAUCUAUGUUGUUGUAAUUUUGUUAAUAUCUUAGUUAAUGAUGAGCUUAAUCCAGAAAGGAUCCCAAUCAGAAACAAAGCUUAGCUCCCCAAACAAGGUAACUACUUUGAAUCCAAAUGCUGCGGAAUUUGUUCCUUUUGCCCUUAGAUCAUUGCCAUCUGGAAGUACCAGCUCCGCAGAUGCAACAGCAAGGUUUCCUACUGCUGGAGCUCUUGGGAAAGCGGUUUUAGAUCGAUCAGAGUCAUCCAUUUCAAAUAAUUCUGAUGAUGAGGUCCACCAAUACUGGCGUUGUCAGCUCCCUGAUGAUAUCACCCCCGACUUCAAGGUCAUGGGAGAGGAUGAAUCCCAAGGUCUUAACAAUCUCUCUUUAGCGGGCUUGUCUGUACAUGAUGAUCAUGAAGCACCGAGGUUCCCUUCUAAUGGAAAUAGAUAUCUAUUAAAUGAGCAGCAGGAAUUGUCUCAAUUUCAACUUAAUGGCAACAGUUUUGCUGAUAAAUUAAGAUUUUCCAAUUCAGCCUAUAGGGAGGACCCAUCUUCAGCAAAUUUUCUAAACACAUUAGCGAAGCCUUGGGAUAUGCAAAUUGGAAGUACCAACCAGCAUUUUGGAAGCGGUCGAGAGGGGCUUACUUAUGAUGAUAAUUCUGGACAUGGAUUCUUAAAUGAUCUUUUGGGCGAACAAGCUAUAGUGGAUGAUACUGAUAUGAACCCUUUGGAGUUUUUGGCUUCUCAGUUCCCUGGUUUUGCUUCAGAAAGCCUUGCAGAAGUUUACUUUGCUAAUGGAUGUGACUUAAAUCUGACCAUUGAGAUGCUCACUCAGUUGGAGCUUCAAGUUGAUGGCAAUUUCAAUCAGAAUCUGAAUUCAAAGACUGUUUCAGCUCCUAAUCUGAGUGCAAUGGACUUCCCUGCACUUACCUCACCUGAUGGCCACACUACUUCUGUUAAAUAUGCUGCAGAUAAUGUUCAACAAAGCAGCAAUCCUUAUGGAUCAUCUGACAAGGACAUGCUUCUUUUCAAAUCUAGCUCUUCAAUUCCAUCUAGAGGUGCUAUUGACUUUGCUUCUGCUGUCAGGAAAUUGGCUUCCCAGGACUCUGGAAUGUGGAAGUAUGAUAAAAAUGGUUCUGGUGAUGCCACUAUUGGCUCAAGUAGAAGUUCCCAUGCUCUGGCUCAUGCGUAUAAUGGUGGUCAGGGAAGAGCAAAUUUUGGUGAUAGGUUGACAAACCGUGGUUCAGCUCGAGCAGCUCCUGUUUGGCUUGAAACUGGUGAUGCAGUUGCAAAUAUGUAUUCUGAACUGCGGGAGGAGGCUCGUGAUCAUGCACGGUUGCGUAAUACAUAUUUUGAGCAGGCACGGCAAGCAUACCUCAUUGGAAAUAAGGCCUUGGCAAAGGAACUGGGUGUUAAAGGGCAACUGCACAACAUGCACAUGAAAGCAGCUCAUGGAAAAGCUCAGGAAUCUAUUUACCGGCAGAGGAAUCCAGUUUCUCCAGAGAUGCAGAGCAACGGAAGAGGACAUGAAAGAAUGAUAGACCUACAUGGACUACAUGUUAGCGAAGCCAUUCAUGUGCUAAAACAUGAAUUGAGCGUGCUAAGAAGCACUGCUAGAGCUGCCGACCAGCGCUUGCAGGUUUAUAUAUGCGUUGGUACCGGUCAUCAUACCCGGGGUUCCCGCACUCCUGCAAGGCUUCCAGUAGCUGUACAGCGUUAUCUACUUGAAGAAGAGGGUCUAGACUACAAGGAACCACAGCCAGGCCUGCUUCGAGUAGUGAUCUAUUGAACAAAAAUGACAGCGAGGUAUACAAGUUUUUGACACAGUAAAAACCCAUGAAGUAGACAUUGUAGUCAUUCUUGUAUCUGUACAUUGGGGAAGAAAUGGCGAUGUCCAAGUCUGAAGAAAAAGGGGAGGAAAAAAAGUUCAGAGUAGAGAAAAGGAACGUGGAAACGUUAGAAGGAAAGACGGGUUUGUAGUAGCAGAAAUGUAUCAUUAAGGUUUUAACCACGGCAUCUGGUUACGUUAGUCAGCAGCGACUAUACGUCAGUGCGUGUCAUGUGAUCAUUUUCCUUCUGUUAAUUUUGUACCCUAAUUUUCUUUUUUUUCUUCGCUUUUUUUAAAAAAAGCCCUUUUGUUUCUUAUUGAUUCAGAUGUAACUGAUAGAAUUCAAUUACAUGAUAGAACAAUUCACUUUUGCCAA